AUGGUCCUGAUGAUGAUGGAGUCGCAAUGCGAAUAUUUCAUGUAUUUCCCGGCGGUUCCGAUCACGGACUUGUCAGACCCUGCACGGUACCGAACGCUCCCUCGGCGAAGUCAUCUGUAUUUGGGGGAGACCGUGCGUUUCCUGCUAGUGUUGCGGUGCAGCGAUGCAGCGGGGAGCGACACACCGUCCAACAACAAGAGUGGUAAUGUAUUUGAUUUCGGGACCGAGACACCGAACGGCCGAGCAUGGAGAGAGCUGGCCGGUUCCCUUUGCGCAGUGGCGAGCGUGAGCCCGGGGGAAAGCAGACAUCGCUCCGCCGCAGCCUACAUCGACCACGAUGAUCAGAUCAGCGGGAACGAAGGUGCUGAUGAGGGGGAAGACACAGAUGGAAGGCCGUCCCUCAGAGGGGAUGCGAGAGGUGGAGAAUUCAAGGAGUGCAAGCCAUUGCUCAUUCACAACAACGGCAGCGGUGGCCGUGAGUUCCGCAGGGCCCCCUUAAAGUCGCCAUUGGACGAGCCGGUGGUGCUGAGUGAUGAGGUCAUCUUCCCGCUGACCGUGUCCCUCGACAAACUUCCUGUCAACACCCACAAAGUCAAGGUGAUGGUGACAGUGUGGAAGCAGGAGGCUGAGAAGGCGGAGGUUCAGGAGAGCGGCUAUCUCACCAUCCUGCAGCUACAAGCUCCAACUCUCACCUUCCGGAAGGAUCUCAACACCUUUAAAGCUCAGGUCAGCACAACUCUGACUGUGCUCCCGCCGCCAACUGUGAGAUGCAAGCAGAUGACAGUGGCUGGGAAACACCUCACGGUGCUGAAAGUGUUAAACGAGUGUUCCCAGGAGGAUGUGAGUAUCCAUGACGUGAGGAUCCUCCCCAACUUCAACGCCUCCUAUCUUCCUAUGAUGCCCGAUGGCUCUGUCUUGCUUGUUGACAGUGUUUGCCACCAAUCAGGAGAGGUCUCCAUGGCAUCAUUCUGUCGAAUGGAGAGCCCGACCUGCCGCCUACCCAGCAUGCUCAGCUCGCUGGAGGAGCACGACUUCCUGUUCCAGCUGCAGCUGAGUGACAAGGCUCAGGACGACUCCGCAGAGGGUCUCGAGGUGUCCUUAGUAGCUGUGCUCCAGUGGUCAACUGCUAAAAUGCCGUUCACAAACUGUAUAUAUACACAUUACAGGAUGCCCAGUAUUAGGUUGGAUCGCCCUCACUUCCUGAUGACGGCCAACUGCCCCAGUACAGUGAAGACACAGGAUCUCUUCCGUGUUCGCUAUACCUUAUUCAACAACCUACAGGAUUUCCUAGCUGUAAGACUCGUCUGGACACCUGAAGGUCGUGGUCAAAGUGAGGACACAACGAUUGGCCCGGUCGUGUGUCAAUCACCCCUCAGUAACCUUGGCUACUGCCGGAAAGGCAGCACCCUCUCCUUCACAGUGGCCUUCCAGAUACUGACGGCUGGACUCUACGAGCUGAGCCAGCACAUGAAGCUAAAGCUUCAGUUCACGGCGCCGGUGUCAAACCCCCCGGUGGACGCGCGUCCCCUGUCCCGCAAGAACAGCCCGUCCAGCCCGGCCGUCAGGGACCUGCUAGACAGGCACCAGAGCAGCCUGGGACGCUCGCAAUCCUUCUCCCACCAGCAGCCCUCGCGAUCACACAUCAUGAGGGCGGGUAGUGCCAUGGAGCGGCGUGCCAUUACCCCACCUGUGGGCUCACCUGUGGGGAAGCCCCUGUACCUGCCCCCGCAGGAGAAGGCCGUGCUCUCAUUGGACAAGAUCGCCAAGAGGGAGUGCAAGGUGCUCGUCCUGCAGCCCCACAGCUGAGAGGAACGUGGAGGAAUGAAUAGGACUCAGACAUGGAGACACAAUACAUAAGGCUCUUUUCCACUGCUGCUUUUCUGGUAGGCCUACAGCC